UCUAGUCCUGAAAUCACAUGAAACUGUGGAUGAAGAUUCUCCUGAAAGUCCCAGAAAACCCUCUCAACCCAGGGACCAUGAGCAACAAGACAGUGGUAACAGAGUUUAUCCUGCAGGGCUUUUCGGAGCACCCACAAUACCACACACUCUUAUUCAGUUGUUUCCUCUCCCUAUACUCAGUGGCCCUCACAGGGAAUGUCCUCAUCAUCUUGGCCAUCACCUUCAACCCUGGGCUCCACACCCCCAUGUACUUUUUCCUGUUCAACUUGGCUACUAUGGACAUUAUCUGUACCUCCUCCAUCAUGCCCAAGGCACUGAAGGGUCUGGUGUCAGAGAAGAACUUCAUAUCCUUUGGAGGCUGCAUGGCACAGCUUUAUUUCCUCACAUGGUCUGCAUCCUCAGAGCUGCUGCUCCUCACAGUCAUGGCCUAUGACUGGUAUGCAGCCAUCUGCCACCCACUGCAUUACAGCACCAUGAUGAGCAAGGCAUUCUGCAGCAUGCUGGCCACUGGAGUGUGGGUGCUCUGUGCCUUCAACACUGCCAUCCACACAGGGCUGAUGAUGCGUUUGAGUUUCUGUGGCCCUAACAUCAUUACCCAUUUCUUCUGUGAGGUUCCUCCACUGCUGCUUCUCUCCUGCAGCUCCACCUAUGCGAACAGUGUCAUGAUUGUCCUGGCUGAUGCCUUUUAUGGCAUAUUAAACUUCCUGAUGACCAUUGUGUCAUAUGGGUUCAUCAUUUCUAGCAUCCUGAAGAUGAGGACUUCAGAAGGGAAGCAGAAAGCCUUCUCCACCUGUUCAUCCCACCUCAUUGUGGUGUGCAUGUACUACACUGCUGUCUUUUAUGCCUACAUAAGCCCUGUCUCCAGCUACAGUGCAGAGAAAAGCAAGGUGGCUGGGGUGCUAUAUACCAUGUUGAGUCCUACCCUCAACCCCCUCAUCUAUACUUUGAGAAACAAGGAGGUCAAAGCAGCUCUUGCGAAGUUCUUCCCCUUCUUCAGAUGUUAAUUUGUGUUUUCAGAAGUUCUUUUUCAUGGAGGCUAUAGUU